AUGGAUAUCAAGCAGUGGCUUUUUAGUUUGUUAUUACUGAAAAUGAAUUUUGCACAGUUAGAUGUAAUGGAUAAAGAUGAAGGGGAACCAUUGGAAGAUCCAACGACUAAUUAUUACACUCAUCCGAUACGUAGUAGUAUAAUUUUUGUCAAAGUUAUAUUUCGCCAAAAAUGCAGAAAAUUCACAUUUUCUACAUCGUAUAAUAAUGAAUUAGCAACACCAUAUGUUAUUUAUGAAGCGACUAACAGAACAUUUCGAUUUUUUUUUCUAUCAAGACAUUUAUUUUCCGAUAAAGUGAAUGGCUAUUUCGAGAAAUCCAUUGAAUUCUAUUUAAGGUGGAUAAAAAAUAGAUUGAAAAGUGGAGCAAAAUUGAAAUUUGGCUAUGAUUACGAUCGGGAGCAAUUCACAUCGUUGAAUAGUAAAUAUGGUAAGAUGAAAGAUUCUGUCUCCGAAGAUAUUGCUGUCAUGCCAAACGGCUUUUCAUUCAUUAUUUUAUACGGAAGCUGGAAAGCUAACCUUGUUUUCAAUGGAAGAUUUUAUUUCAUUAAUGGAUAUGAUAGAAUGCUAAUGGAUAUCAUGUUUGAUUUUACGAAACCAAUAGCAUAUGUUUCCGGAUGUGAUCCGCAAAAACAACGAAUUAUUGUUCGUCAAAGUCCUUAUGUGGAUCCUUUUAAUUGGGGAAGCUAUUUGUGGAUUUCAAAUAUGCGACCAUUAGGAUCAAUUCAAUCGGACAAUACUGUUAUCUGUUCCUUACGAUAUUUUCCAGCUGGAGAAGGAUCGUUCGUUUGCAUGUUUUAUGUUUAG